AUGAAUUUCAUACUUAAAAUGACGUCCCUUUUGAAUAUAACUCUUGUUUUAUUGUUAUCAGAGAGAACUAUUGUAGUUGCUAGUCAUGGACAAUUGUCCAGUGAAAAAACAUCAAACAUUCAAAACAAAGAUCUUGUUACCAACUUGCCUCAUCAGCCUAACGUAGAUUUUCGACACUAUGCUGGAUAUGUGACUGUAAAUGAAAAAAAUGGAAGAGCAUUGUUUUAUUGGUUCUAUGAAGCCUGGACUCUCCCAGAUGAGAAGCCAUUGGUGUUGUGGCUUAACGGAGGUCCUGGAUGUUCGUCUGUGGGAUAUGGAGCUACACAAGAGAUCGGGCCGUUUAUUGUGGGUACAGAUGGAAACAGUCUUCAGUUAAAUCCUUACUCAUGGAAUAUAGAGGCCAAUAUGUUGUUCUUGGAAUCUCCUGUUGGAGUGGGCUUUUCGUACUCCAACACGACAAGUGAUUAUGAAAACCUCGGAGAUGACUUCACUGCGAAGGACACUUAUGCUUUCCUGCAUAACUGGUUCAAGAAGUUCCCAUCUUAUCGAACUAGGGCGUUUUAUAUUGCGGGAGAGAGCUAUGCAGGAAAGUAUGUCCCAGAAUUGGCAGGUCUUAUUUAUGAGAAAAACAAUGACCCUUCCCUGUUCAUCAAUCUGAAAGGAAUAUUGUUGGGUAAUCCUGAAACAAGUGAUGCGGAGGAUUGGAAAGGUCUUGUUGACUAUGCUUGGAGCCAUGCUGUUGUAUCUGAUGAAACUCACAAAACCAUAAGAGAAUCCUGUGAUUUCAACAGUAACAAUACUUGGAGUAACGAUAACUGCAGCCAAGCUGUGGACGAAGUUCUUCGACAGUAUAAAGAGAUAGACAUCUACAGCCUCUACACGUCGGUUUGUAAUGCCAAUUCAGCAUAUUCAGAAAACAAGCAAGUCGUAUUCAACAAGAGUACGUCUAAGAUGAUGCCUCGAAUAAUUGGCGGUUAUGAUCCUUGCCUUGAUGAUUACGCUAAAGGUUACUACAAUAAACCUGAGGUUCAAAAGGCUCUUCAUGUUAGCAACGGCCUUCAACUCAAGAACUGGAGCAUUUGCAAUAUGGAUAUAUUCAACGGCUGGUCGCAGUCAAUAGAUUCAGUUCUCCCCAUAUACAAGAAACUCAUUGAUGCAAAACUUAGAAUAUGGGUAUACAGUGGAGAUACUGAUGGUAGAGUCCCUGUGCUGUCCACCCGAUACAGCUUAAGCUCUCUGGGACUGUCUAUAACUAGGUCAUGGAGGCCCUGGUACAACCAGAAACAGGUUGGUGGUUGGAUUCAAGAAUAUGAGGGACUAACUUUCGCGACAUUUAGAGGAGCCGGUCAUGCGGUGCCUAUUUUUAAACCAAGCGAAUCACUUGCAUUCUUCACUUCGUUCCUUCUUGGAGAAUCUCCACCGUCCCAACGAUAA